CGAAGUGAACGGACGUGUUAAGCGGAUUGCGUACGAACGUUGGCGGUUAGAGCGCAAGCAAUUUGAACGCGAACAAGUAACGAGUGAAGUUAAAUCAAGUUAAACGGUGCGAUUUACGAAAAAUAAACGAGCGUUAAAGUAAAAAGAAAAAAAUUUAUUCUAAUUGAGUUGGCAAGCGAAUUUAGUAGCUGACAACCGAAACAUAAUAUUUUCUUAAUAAAAAGUAGUGUAGUUCAAUUGGGCUGUGUCGCUUUGUAUGCAUGCAACCGAUGCAACGACAGACUGUGUGCGCACGCAGCAACAGUUGGGCAUGCUCCGUCGAGUGGCACGGUCGUUAAACGGCUGCCAGCACGAGAACCUGAGUGAAAAGCCAACGCCGAGCGCGUAUGUGAAUGUGCCAAAAGAAAAUGUGUGCAAAACCGCGCGGCAUGCCAUAAAGAAGAAAGUGACUAGCCGCCAGACGGUUGAAACGACAAAGCUUAAGAUGAUGCACGCGAUAAAUGUGGUUCCGCAACGCGGCUCAUGGAAGCGCGCCAUAUGGCCCAUGACCUUGCUGUGCUGGUGUUUUAUUAUAAUAGUCAACGCGCCAGCAAAUGGGCUGAACUACGUCGAUGACACGACCGCGAGCGCUGAGUUGAACACGCAAGCCGGGGCUCGAGCCAUGGGCCUCUAUGGGGCACGCGAACCGCGUUUCGGUGAUCGUUUGCUGCCGUUGCGUAAAAAGUCCGGUGCGAUAGCGAAUGUGGCGGCGCCCAGCCAAAGGCAAGUGAAUAGUAUUUUGAGUAAAAGUAAUUAUGUGGUCAGUUACGCGAGUGCUAAUACAAAUAACGCGGCUACAAGUGCGAAAGUUAUGGCACGUGCCGCAAACACAAACACGACUGGCGAAGUGAAUGUUGCGCGUAAUAACAAAGUUGAUGUGAGUGUUAGUGUUGAGCCCAAAACUGAUUUGUAUACCAUGGAGGUGCACCAAGCUGACUACACAGCACCGCCAGUGACCGCAGAACGUCGCGCCAAACAGCUGAGUCGACGCGAGGAUACCAACAUCGCAGGGCUGUUGCUAGACUCGACUACUUUCAGCAGUAAGGACACGAACAUUUCGAAAGCAGAUCGCCUGGUAGUCAUGUCCACCGAGUUCUUCGUAGUGCCAACAAGCACACCACUACCAAGCAACGCGCAUCCAACUAGAGCGCCAGCACGCACGGGCGCUAAGGCAGCAGUACUGCCUGACUAUAUACAGCCACCGCCUGCAGGUGUACCGACUGCUGGACCACGUUCGGUUUUAAUCGUAGCGCCGCGGCCGUUGAAUACCUCGAAUGCAGCGAAUAGCGUCAGCGCGGGUUUCCCACCAUCCAUAGUGCCCACACAUCUGCCAUUCACUGGGCUGCGGAAGGAGCCUUGGGUGGUGCCCGUCCUGGUGUUGGCCGCACUCACAAUGCUAAUGAUGACAGCUUUUGAGAUUUUUGUGCUGUUCAAGGCGUGGCGUACAUCACCUUCGCGCCGUCAUCUGUUUCUCGGACAGAUGCUACUGUUGGGACUGUUUGCUUGUGCCGGGCUGGGUGCUGUACUAACAGCGCAGCCCUCAUUGCUCAGCUGUGGUGCAAUACGUUUUGGCGUGGGUGUUGCCUAUGCGCUUGUCUUUGCCGCGCUACUCGUCAAAUGCGUCUUCCUCAUUAGUCUCAAUGGUGGCGUGUACCUACCGGCACCCUAUCAAGGUUUACUGUUGCUCUUCGCCGUACUCAUACAAGUCGCCAUAGGCACACAGUGGCUACUCACACAACCGCCGGAGAUCUAUACGCAAAGUGUACCCAUACUUGGUAAUAGUCUGUUGGCACCUACCGUAGCUUCCAGUAGCGCCACAUCUGCGGCGCAUACUUUCGCAGCGCUUUUCCAGCCACACAGCGCUACACCCAACAAUGGGCCGUCCGCAGCAGCGCUCGGCUCCAGUCUCGGCUCGGAUUUGUAUGCACGUAUUACUGCAGCCGGUACGAUGCUGAUACCGUUAUGCAAAACACAAUUUUCGGAGCUGCUCUUUUCGCUCAUCUACAUUGUCUUUCUAAUUGUGUUCGUCGCCGUGUUGGCCAUCAAAUCGCGCGGCAUACGCGACAAUUAUCGCGAGGCCACCUACAUUGGUUUGGCUAUUGGCGGCGCUAUACCCAUUUGGCUGGGCUGGAUGCUAUGCGGUUUGGCGGUGGCGGAUCGCCAUAAGGAUGCUUGUAUUGCUUUCGGACUGAUAGCGACAUCAGCAACUGUCUUUCUAGUUAUGUUUAUGCCGAAAGGUCGUCAAUUGGCGGCUAUGGGCAAGGAGGGCCUCUAUGUGGAGGAUCGUGAGGAGCAGUUCAGCUCGCUGAGUCGUGCUGGCUCCGGUUACUCACCCUCAUUCUUCCACUUUAAGCCGAUCAAGUACGGAGUAAUGGGCGGCGGCAUGCAGAAUUCGGCAACAAAUACGGGGAACGGCGCCAGCAUGAAGCACUGCUCGAAUGGUCUGGGCGGAGGCGGCGGAGAUCGCGUUGCCUUGGUCACCGCAGCACCACCGAGCUAUACACGUAUGUAUCACUAUUUUCCAGCACAUUUAUCAGCGCACCCGUUUUGUUUUUAUCCACAACCACCCCCACCACCACCGCCACCACCAAUUCCACCGCCAACGUUGACACAAUUGCCCUCACCACCGACACUCAAACAAUUGGGCAACUCACUGUCGUCAAUGACACAAGCACAUAUCGCACAGACACUCCGGUAUCCAGGUUUAUUUAUACGACCCGAUGAGACCAAUCUUUACACGACGUUGGAACCAACACUAAGCAGUAAUCCGAACGUGUACUUCCAACGCGGCGGUGCGGUACAUCCGGGUAUGAUGUACUAGGUACAACCAACAAACUCCAAACGAAAGUUUAAAAAUUCACACGAGACGCAGGUGAAUUGAGAAGAAGACGACGAUAUUGGCUGCUGACAGUGGUAACAAAAAGCCGCGCGACAGUCGAGCACUGAGCAACUCAAAGUAUAAAAGUAUAACUUAUUGCAAUACGAAACGCUAAGCUAAGUUAAAAACUGAAAAGAAAUUUUAUUUUUUAUUAACUUAGUAAUAUG